CAAUGAUGCUCACUCCCUGUACAAGGGUCCGGCACCCGAGCAGGGGAAUGGGAAAGGCAAAAGGGAGACCCGUAGGUCGAUAGUGGAUCGAAGGUAGAGGGACACUGCAGUGCGAGGUGCGGAGAUCCUAGGUACGCUAGCGAGACAGGUUACAUCACAAUAGCCGCUGCCACCUCUAGACCAUAUCUCCCCCCGCAACCUUCGUGACCAUGGGUGCGACGUUGUUCUUCUCCGCGAUGCCAGACGCGAUGCCAGAAGACAGAUACGCGGAGAUGCCGUCACGAGAGCUUCCCGGAAAAGAGGAGCGCACCGCGAACAGCAACUUCAGGUCCACGCCGGAAGUAGCCGAUUCAGAACAUAUCGCCGAAUGUCAGACGGACGAAGUCGAUCGCAACGACGUUUUCUGACCGUAAUGAGCUUUGGUUCGUCCAUAAGCACAAUGCCAUGCACUCGCUCUCGGAUCGUAGGCACCUGAGCCUUCCACAGCACACCAAAU